GCUAUCUCCAUCUUAAAGAAGAAGAAGAAGAAGAUUUGGUCUUAAUGUAGACAGCAUUCCGAGUUUCAUGUGUAAGUAUCUAAUAUAUCGUAAAGGGAGUACUACACAUUCUAGUAUUAAUAUUGAAGAGCUCCGUUUGAGUUUGUUUUUUAUCCGUUGUAAAAAGAAUAUCUUUUCCUUUGGUCUUCCUCGGUCUAUCUCAAUAUUAAAGAGUAGUACUAGGACUACAUGCUCCUUGGUCACCAAGGUGGUUUCUUCCUUGCGGUACCAUUACUUUUGCCAGUCUGAAAACCAAAACUUUGUAUUUUUGUAUCAUUUAGUCCCUUCUGGUAGGAGGUAAAAUAAAAACUACAAUCGUUCGUGACGGCGCGUGAUUCUACUUGUUAAAAACUUUGAUUGAAGUUGAACAUCUACAUCUGUUUUUAUUCAUCCUUUAUUUUUCCAACUGUACUAGUACAGUAGUUGUAGUGUUGCUGGCUCUAGAACAAGAAACAGAAUAUCAGAACUAGAAAAAUAAACAAUGGUCGACGUUGGGCAGGAGGAGCUGAAGGAACGAGCGGAACUGUUCGAACAGUUCCUUGGUUCCCGCAAUGGCGAAGGGUACCACGAGAAGCUGUCGAACAUGUUGUCCGACAAUCAGCGACACGUGUAUCGCCUCGAGGUGAACAUGGCAGAUCUGGAACAAAAAAAGAGAGGAACCAUGAGCAAACUUUUUUAUGGCAUGAGCAAACUUUUUUAUGUACGAGUACUUAGAUUAGUUUUCUUGCCAUUCUUGAGUGUAGAUAGACUCAAUUGUAGCUAGCAUGGAGGAUGCCUGAACGUUGGUGUAGCUACCCCGAUUCAAGUCAUGUGGUGGCGCACUUGUAGACAGUAGGCAACAAAAAAAAAGUUAAUCUUAGUAGUGGCAUGCGCAGCAUCAACAAGAUCAACACUUACAGUUCUUCCAGCUAGAUUUUGGUUCUUUUAAGUUUGGAAACGUCCAUAAAUGGCUGUGCCGACCCAGUCAUCGUCUUGUGCAUUUUAUACGUAAGCUCACCCAAGAAAAAAGGAACUGGAACGACAGAGAGGACCUGCACUCUAGUAUGUGUCAUACCUCCAGCUGCUCUAACUCCUAGAGUAUCCCGCACACUAUCUGCCGUGCUUCGAAGUGGGGCUCUACAACUUAAGGACUGGGAGGCGUCUUUUAGUCGAAAUCUUCAAAGAAGCAAGUAAAUUAAUAUUCGAGGAUAGAAUCAGAUGUAUUGUGCAGCUCGAGCUCGGUUAUACUCAAUAUAAUGAUUUCAGCUUUUCGAAAUCGUAAAAUGAUCAUGAUCUAUCACCAUCAUCUUCUUCAAUUGGGGCAUCGAGCUCUAAACAGCUAUUGUAUGACAAACGAGGCGUUUGAGAAGUAUCAGAAGGAGAGUGCUGUCAAGCCAAUACGACUCUCGCUCACUGGACGUUUCGGCAGUCACUACUUAUGGCAAAGACCACCAUUUUGGUCAGGUGUAGUUGUACUAGAGUUCUAGUAAACGAAAAGGAUUCCCUCUUUCUAAGUAGUUGUAAAACGAAAACGAUACUAGAAUAAGAGAGAUAUAGUACGAUCUGAGGUGUUCUAUCAUAAACAAGAAGGGAUUAUACAGCUAUGUUAAAGUAGCAACUUCCAAAACGAACGGUGAUAUUUUGAUUUAUUGAGCUAGAGCUACUCCUAGUACGUUAAGGCACAACCUAGCAUCGUUGGAUGUCGAAAGUGAGACGAGCAGCUCUAAAUUACGUUACGCCCAGAGGACUGAACUCAUCCUUGGUUACCAAGUUGGUCCAAGUAGAAGGUACUAAUAAUGUCAGCUUAGACAUAUUAUCGUGAAGAAUUGGAUUUGGAAUUCUUUCUGCCUCCUGGGAGCACGUCAUUUCAUACGAUAAAAGAAAAGCAGCACCACCUCCUUCGCCUUCCUGAAGAAGAUCUAGCACGCUUAAUACAUAGACUUAAUCUUAAUCGACCCAUCGAUCAAUCACCUAUCCAGGUGUCGUUACUUCGGUGUCGAAUGUGCUGAGCAGGCUGACUUCGUCAAUCUAUUUCACUGAGGACGAAAGCGUGACAAACAGGGUCCAUUUUUCUUAGUAAACUUGGACUUAUCUUCAGAUCUUUUCUCAGUAAUUUACGUGUAGGGGGGGCAGCUACCGGCCAGCGAGUCUACUGCGGUGAGACUCAAUCAUAACUUUGCUGAUCCGGUGCUUCAUGCGCAGGGCUGAGGCGGGAACCCCUCUAAAUCUAAAUCAAGAUAAAGAUCGUUGUCGUCCUUAGUUUUUCUUUGUUUUUCUAGUAGGACCAUCCACGUUCUUUAAGGGAACAAGCUACACGUUUAAUAACACCAGGUAAAGCAACGGGAGCACCGAGACAAUAUGUCGCUUCUUUGGCAGGAUAUUAAGACGAGUGCGAUGCUAAAGCAAGACGCAGAAGGCGUAGAGUGGACAACGCAGUUUGGCUUCUGCAAGUAGUAAAAUAUUCUUCGAUCAUAUGAAACGCAAAUCUGUAGUUAUCAUCAUCAAGUUUCUUAUAAGAAGAAAUUUUAGUUGUGUGAUCAUGUAUGAUAACUAAGAGAUCAUUUUGGCUUGGUCCUUCUGGAGUCCUCGUGAUGUCUUUGUCCACCUCCACCACCUUCAUCAUCAUCAUCAUCACCUUCGCCUACUAUUAAAGCAUCAUCACCUUCACCUACUAUUAAAGCUAAAUAAAAUAAACUUCUAUCUAGGUAUAAGGAUCAGCAGCACAUCAUAAUUCAAGAAAUGCCGGAACAUGCGCCAACCGGACAGAUACCAGUAAGCGUGGUAGCCAUGAUCGAACAGGACCACUGCGAUACGGUGAAACCAGGCGACCGAGUCAGAGUCGUCGGCGUCUACAAGGCUUUCCCCAAAACGCAAAACGGGCUCACAAAUGGAAUCUUUCCGAUGCGUACUCUUUUUUUUUAUCAGUCAAUCAUUUACAUCUGGGUCACAACUAAUAAUAAUUUCUGUGGUUUAUUAGACGUUUCCAGUUUUGGUUUUUUGUUUCCUAGCUAGCGUCAGGUGUGCUCCACCGAUUUUAUUAGACGUUUCCAGUUCGCGAUAUAUGCAAUUUCUUACCUCAAGCAAUUCUUCUUCAUUCCUUACUAGGUAUCGUCUGCAACAGUGUGAAGAAGAUGAAAGAGCACGUGGGCAAGAUCGAGAUGCAGCUGGCUGACACCAAAGCAAUCAGGGAUAUCAGCAGACGACCCGACUUUUUUGAUCUCUUAGCUCGCAGUUUCGCGCCAAGUAUAUUUAAGGCUUUGUUGAAAAAUUCCUAAUCUUCUAGUUUCUUUUCGGAUUGCUUGCAGAUUUGCGCCAAGUAGCUAGUGUAUAUACAAGAACUACAGUCGAAAGACCACUGACAAUCCCGAACUUUACCGAAUCGCGCCCUACCAGUACUUCUAAAGGAGGAGAAGCAGUAUGUACCUACGUACUUUAAAAUCGAGCUAAGUGGAUGGACAAAGAACAACACGAACUGCUUCUCCGCAUCUUCAAGGGAAAGGUGUCCAUCUUCAGCUUCACAAAGUAACAAGAUAUUCUGCUAGCUAUCAUGUAUCAUCUAAUACAUCUGGCAACGAGCUCGUGAAGAAGGGACUACUAUUACUAGCAGUCGGUGGUGCGGAGAAGAAUUUCGACAAUGGAACCCACUUGCGUGGCGACAUCAACGUCCUACUCGUAGGAGAUCCUAGUUGCGGUACCUCUACCUCAUUUUUCAAGUUUUCAGUACCUAGGGGUAGGACGACGUUACUUUUCUUGAAAUCAAUAUCAAAAAUGAAGAUAGAGCAAACGAAUUACCACCAUCUAAUACUAGAAACUCCAUUGUUCUCGUUGAUUUUCCUUCAGGCUUCAAGCUCCUUCUAAUCUCGCUUCACAACUAGGUAAGUCGCAAAUGCUUCGGUUCGUGAUGAAUAUUUCGGAAAUUGCGAUUUCCACUACGGGGCGUGGUUCCUCGGGUGUCGGUCUCACAGCGGCCGUCAAAGUAAAUCAGCAAACUGGGUUAUGGUGAGAAGAAUAAAUCUACUCAGCAUACUUAGAGUCAUAAGGAUUCUUUGAAAAGUUGUGAAGACGUUUCCAUAAUUCUACUCUUCAACAUACCUAAUAAGUUUAGACGAAAUGAGGCUGUUUCAACAUACCUAAAACGCGCCUGCAACUACAAUUAGCUCCUUGUCCUUGAGAGUGAAAGUGACUGAAUACGACGCAGAAGUUUUUUGCUUUCAUAUUGGGAGCGAACCUUAGAAGCGGGUGCGAUGGUUCUGGGCGAUCGCGGAGUUGUUCUUAUCGAUGAAUUCGAUAAAAUGGGAGUCAACGACAGAGUCGCAAUACACGAAGUACUACCGCUAUUUUUACAUCUUCAGAUAGUCAUAACCAUAAGCAUCACCACCGUGAACGAUACAUCACAUAGUCAGUAGUCAUCUAAGCAUAAGGAUAAGAAGAUCAUUGGGGACUUGUGCUUUUUCUUUUUUUUUUCUUCAUACACGCACCAGUAGUUCGUCUUUAUAGUGGAAAUUUUCGAAUAUGAAAAUCUCCGUAAUGUGACGGCCAGGUGAUGGAACAGCAGACCGUGACGAUUGCGAAGGCUGGCAUCCACACGACUUUGAAUGCGCGAUGUAGUGUCCUAGCAGCCGCAAAUCCGAUCUAUUCCAACUUUAAGACAGGAAAUGAGGUGGGAAUCAGAAGGAGUAGAAACACCAAGAGAAGAAGGAUCAUCAUUAGCAACAACAUUUAAUGAUUUUGAUUACAGUAAAACUUAUACUUAUAAAUGCGUAGAAUUUCUCUCUACUAGUACCCUUUUUGACUUUACAUCGCCUACUCUAAGAAGUGGGAUGAUAGCAUGACAUUGGCGCAGAACAUCGCCCUUCCGGAUUCGCUCCUAUCGCGAUUCGAUCUGAUUUUCGUGUUGAAGGACGAAUUAGAUGACGUCAUCGACCGAAAAAUUAGUGACCAAGUGCUUCGACAGCUGAUUUAUGAUGGCAUUGUUCUUAUCCUUGCGACCUACUUGUUUUGAUCACACCAAAUUAUCCCUCUAAUUCUGGCACCGUUUUAAUCAAUCGAUCAAUCAAAUCCCGGUAUUUCUGGCACCGUCUUAAUCAAUCGAUCAAUCAAAUCCCUCUAAUUCUAGCACCGUGAGGCGAGGCAUAUGGCACAGCGCGAGGUUGUGGAGGUGCAUGACUCAAAGCUGCAGACUAAUUUGGAGGAAGACCCGGCAAACAAAAAGCCGUCCACGGUGUUUCAGCAGAAUCAUCCCGCCAUGGCUGAUGGGCAAUCGAAGGAAAUUCUAUCCCUCGAAUUCUUGA